UACACUCUAAAGCAUCCAUCCUCUUUUCUCUCUUCUAAACUUCUAAACCACCCUCACCCCAUCUCUCAUCUCACCAUCUCAUGAAUUCUCAUCUCAGACCUCAGACAUUUGCAGCAGCCCCACCCACCCUCUCUCCAUCCUAAACACUGAAAUCCAUCUGAAAAAGCCUGGACACAACUCCCACUUCUGUACUCUCUUGCCCCCAUAAAACAUCUCUCCCCCCUCUUCCCCACUCCGUUUUCUUUCAUUUUUCUUGUGUCUAUAAAAUUCUUUCAUUCUAAGGAGGCUAAAGUCUUCAUUUAAGUAAAGGGGGACUGGUCAUGUGGCGGCUUGUAGUUUGUGUGCCAGGCAAAGGACCCUGAUUGCUUUAUGUUGGUCCUGCUCCUGUAUCACAGUAUCAAUACUUUUCUUUUCUUUUCUUUUUUUAAAUAUAUUAUAUAUGGGCUAUUAAUUUUAUAUAAUAAAACUUUUUUUUAUCAUGGUAUUUAAUUGCUGGGGGUAUGAAAUAAUUGAGGGGAUUUGAUUACCAGGAAGUCUAUUUUGGAUGUACUUAUAUGAUGUUGCAUUGACCCACUUAGAGAAGAAAAGAGAGGAGAGAGAGAGAGAGAGAGGGGGCUGAAGCAUAUAUGAAAUGAUGAUCAUGGCUAGGAACUAGGAAGUCAUCAUCACCUCUAUCUGAUGAUCUUCUACUUCUGAGUUCGGAGGAGAUGUCUUCUUUCUUCCUAGGUUGGCUUUCAUGGCAUCCCAUGUUCGGCCUGUUCACACAAGCCUGAGUAGUAGACCCAGUCUUCAUCUCCAAUCUUACCUCCUCCUCCACCGUCACCACCAGCACCAGCUGCAUAACAAGAUAAGUUAAUUCCCUCUUGUCAAUAGCAGAAUCAUCAGAAGCGACAGGCGAGACAAAAUCGAAGUAGACUUUGUGUUGUAUGGCUGGGGAGAAUCCGGCAGAGAAAUCAAGGAACAUGGUGUCAUCUGCUGGCUUUGUUUACUCGGAUGUUUCAUCCACCAACCCAAGUAUUCAGACCCAGACCCAUCUGGUGAACCAGAUCCAAAGCUUCGAGUCCAACCCAGAGAUGUUCAACUUGACUACAGGCAUGGAGAUGAUAGGGUUUCCUCAAAAGAAUCUGCAGCAACCGAGUGAUGCCAACUCGGUGAUGUGGAAAGGGUUCUUUGGGAAACAUGGAAAUCACUCGGGACCCUCUUCUUCAAAGACAGUGAACGAGUCGACGAGCGAUUAUUAUCAGCAUGAGUUCAACAAGUCUGAUUUCGCAACUGGGAUUUCUCAGACAACAAGCGAGAAUCUGAUGGUUGCACCCGACUCAGCAGCAUGGCAAGAGAACAGAUUGAUGGUUGAUGAUUCCUCUUUGAGGUGUGUGUUUCCUUGUGAAGGAAACGAGAGGCCCAGUCAAGGUCUCUCACUCUCUCUCAGUUCCAGCAAUCCCUCUAGUAUUGGGUUACAAUCAUUUGAACUCAGACACACUCAUCAUCAAGGUCAACAGGAUGAUCAUAUGAGGUUUCUCUCUUCAAAUUCUAGAGACUGCUUCUUUGGAAAAUCUGCGGCCAUCCAAGAGCAACAAAUGAUGCAGGAUGGGUUUCUGGGAAAAGCUGCAAAUCUUAAUCAAGGGAACUUCCAGCUGAGGAACUCAAAGUACUUGGGUCCUGCUCAGCAGCUUCUGAACGAGUGCUGUAACCUUGGAACAAAGCAGAUUGAUCCACCUAGGCAAAAGGCCCCCAAGACCAACCAGUGGGAGGAUGAGAAUGGAAGCAGUAGUAGCUGUUCAAGAAAGCCAUCUCUCUACUCUCUGGAGCUCAUGGAAUUGCAGAAGAGAAAAUCAAAGCUGCUUUCAAUGCUUGAGGAGGUUGAUAGAAGAUACAAGCACUACUGCGAUCAGAUGAAGGCGGUGGUCUCAUCCUUUGAAGCAGUGGCUGGAAACGGGGCUGCGAGAGUCUACUCGGCGUUGGCUUCAAAAGCCAUGUCUAGGCAUUUUAGAUGUCUGAGAGACGGCAUUGUGGGUCAGAUUCAGGCCACUAAGAAGGCCAUGGGAGAGAAAGAUCCAGUUGCACCAGGCACAACCCGUGGGGAGACCCCCAGGCUAAGGGUUCUUGAUCAAGCCCUGAGGCAACAGAGGGCAUUUCAGCAGAUGAGCAUGAUGGAGAGCCAUCCAUGGAGACCCCAACGAGGCUUACCCGAGAGAUCAGUCUCUGUGCUUCGAGCUUGGUUGUUCGAGCACUUCCUCCACCCGUAUCCCAGCGAUGUAGAUAAGCACAUCUUAGCCCGCCAAACUGGUCUCUCAAGAAGCCAGGUAUCCAAUUGGUUCAUCAAUGCGAGGGUGAGGCUAUGGAAACCCAUGGUGGAAGAGAUGUACUUAGAAGAAACAAAGGAGCAAGACAACCUGGGCUCCCCAGAUGGGGCUACAGACCCCGACGACAAUGGCCGGCCGAACCAUAAUCCCCAGCCACGUAUCGAAGAUCAAAAGCCAACAGCCGAGCAACUUGUUCGAAUAGACUCCGAGUGCCUCUCUUCCAUCAUCAACAACCCAGAGAAGAACGACUCUAAAAAUGGCAAAAGCCUUCAAAACCCCCACCCCCACCACCUCCACCACCACCAGCCCAACUUCGGGCGAGUUGCCGAGGCCUUUGGAGCCGUGGAGUUGGACUUCUCCUCUUACAAUCACCACACGCCCGGCGCUGUCUCUUUCACUAACGACAGUGCCCAUCAGAAUUUCGGUGGCAGCGGCGUGUCCUUGACGCUGGGCUUACAACAGCAUGGUGGAAGCGGGGUGAGCUUAGCAUUCUCACCUGCAUCACAGAGCUCUCUCUUCUACCCUAGAGACCCCAUUGAAGAUUGCCAACCAGUUCAGUACUCUCUUUUAGAUGGAGAAGGACAGAACUUGCCUUACAGAAACUUGAUGGGAGCGCAGUUGCUCCACGACUUGGCCGGAUAAACAGAUAGGCGAUAAGCUUCCCCGGUCUAGAGCCUUGUGAUUGAAGGAAAGUGAUCAUUGAUGGUAGAUAAUUACAUGAGAGACAUAGAUAAAUACUUCAUACAUACAUAAACUUAUACUUGCUUAGCUAGACAUACUACUGAACAUUAGUUCCAUGGCUGGUAGUUUUGCACCUUGGCUUUUUCGAUGGAAAGAAUAUGUUUACUACUGUUAGAGUAGAUUGGAAUUGCCAUUGAUUGAUGCAAGGAUAUACAGGUCUUUCUUUCCUCUUUUGGGUAGAAUCUGUAUAAUUCAAAAUUUAACCUAUUAGCUAUGUCUAUGUUAGCAGUACCA